AUGGACCGGGGCCUCCUAGCGGAGGCCUUUAGUUGCCUGAAGCGGUGUGAGGACCACAGCUGGCCGUCCCGCUGGGAGAUUGGGGACACCUGCAGUCCACCGCGUGCCUGGGGUCCGGCUCAAGGCCGGGAUCGAAAGCAACGCGACGAGUGGGAUCCACGAGGGGAUCGUCAGGACCAGAGGACGUCCUUUUCUCAGCCCUCCCGAUGGGUCCCAGAGGAUCGCAGCAGUGACCUGGAUCGUGCGGUGUCAUCGCCGAUCCUAUCAAGGAACAAGCAAGGAAUGGUCCAUUGCUAA